CUAUUUUCAUAGCUUGGAUACUUUUGGUGGAAAAAGAAAAACAGAGGUUGGAAAACAUCACUCAGAAUGGGCAGAACAUACAAAAGAAAGUUAGGUUCCAGAACUUACGGAAAUUUCAGUGAAGAACAAGUUAAUAAUGCGUUGCACGACGUAUUGGAGAAUGGAUUAUCGCUACGAAAGGCAGCAAAGAAAUACAGAUUGGCCUACGGAACUUUAAAUAACAGGUACCAUGGAUGUAAGAUCAAGAAGAGCGGUGGGCAACCUGUGUUCACGUAUGAAGAGGAAAUGGUCAUUAUUAACAGCGUCUUAACUUGUGCAGACUGGGGAUAUCCACUAAGCGCUAUGGAUUUAAGAAUGUUCGUCAAGAGUUUUUUGGACAAAAGUGGUAGAACCGUAUCUCGAUUCAACGAGAAUAUCCCAGGACCUGACUGGUUGAAUAACUUGUUAAAAAGGCAUCGAGGUGUUGUCGGUAAAAGAUUAGCAAGUAAUAUUAAAAAGAGCCGAGCGGAAGUUUCACCUGAUUCGAUUAAAAAAUAUUUCGAAAACUUGGGAAAAACCAUUGAAAAUGUUCCCGCUGAAAAUAUUUUCAACUAUGAUGAAUCUAAUGUCUCGGAUGAUCCUGGAAAGAAAAUGUGCAUCUACCGAAGGGGAACCAAAUAUCCUGAAAGAAUAUGCAAUCAUUCAAAAUCUGCAACUUCGAUUAUAGUUUGCGGAUCCGCCUCAGGUACCCUUCUGCCACCUUACGUCAUAUAUAAGGCAGAAAAUUUAUGGGACAGAAGAUAG